AUGUCGUUCUGGGACAAUAAUAAAGACUCUUUUAAAGCAUUCGGGUCGGCCACCGCCCGAGGAAUUGGACGUGGCACGAAAGCAGUGUCUAAAGCUGGCUACGACACGUAUAAGAAGAAUGAAGCGAAAAGAAAAGGAUUACCUCCCCCUGGAGAGACCCAGUCCGAAGCUGGACCCAGUGCUCAUUAUGAAUACACGCCUCCUGACAAGGAGAAGCUAGCUGCGUUGCCUGGUCCAGUUAAAAGAAACGUUGGAGCCUACGACGUGCCUAAAGCAGGAGAGAAAUCGAAAUACCCUGCUCCAGCUCAGAGGCCUCUGUAUGAUAGCCAACUGAGCCAGCAAAGCCAGCCCCAGCUACCUGCUCAGCCUCAGCAGCAGUACCAACCAAACGCCCAACAGGGCUACCAGCCUCCUCAGCAACCGCAAGAUGCUCAGGGUUAUCAGCAACAGGGUUAUCAACAGCCUCCACAACAACAGCAACAACAGCAGGGGUACCAGCAGCCUUACCAGCCUCAGCCGUAUCAACCACAACCGUACCAACCACAGUCGUUCCAGCCUCAACCGUACCAGCCUGCUCAAGCUCCUGCUCAAGAUCAGCAACUGGGCGCCCCUCCAAGCUAUCAGCAGGCUCCCGGAACAACCCCUUCCUAUGCUCAAGCUCCAGGUACGACGCCUUCGUACUCACAGGCUCCAGCAACUACACCAGCCUACUCGCAGGCGCCAGGAACAGAGCAAAGAGGAGCUCCUCCUCCUCCACCGAGAGAAAACUCGACAUCCUCUCUGAUCCAGCAAGUUCCGCAGACUCAGCAGCCUCCAGCCCAGGAGUCGAUCUCUUCUGACUCCACGGGCGAGCUGAAGAAGGUGUCCAUGUUCAGAGGAGACAAUGAUCUCUCUCAGUUCGCUCCUCCGCCUAUCCACAAGGGAAGAAACGGAGGCACGGUUCCUGCCACACCAAGGUCGCCUGCCAGUCUGCAUGCUUCACUUCCCUCCCGGGAGUCUGCCAAAUCGCCAGAACCACCAUCGCAGCCAGGUUCUAUCAAAAGAUAUCAGAGCACGGCUCCAGAUCCUACGCUGUUUGCUCCUCCUCCGCCAAUGAGAAAGGAAAGCCAGGCGCCUCCGCCACGAACGAAACCCAAGCCUGCUCUGGUAAUGCCACCCCAGCCUCCACCACAGGUGCAACCUCCACCACAAGUCCCUGCUCCACCUCAGGUUCCGGCUGUACCUCAAGUUCCGGCUGUACCUCAGGUUCCCGCUACUCCUCAGGUUCCUGCUACACCUCAGGUACCUCCUACACCCCAGGCUCCAGCGUCAAAUCUGACCCCCGCUGCUGGUCCUCCACCCCAGUUGCCUCACAGAACGUCGGACACGUCUUCCGUUGCAGCAAACAAACCAAUCAAGGCUCCUCCUCCAAAACCGGCAACAAAGCCCACGCUUCACACCGAGAACUCGGCGUCCUCUGUCCCUCCUAGUCUUCCCACAAGAGAGGCACCUCGGGCUAAUUCACCUCCACCGCCAUAUACACUUGCUGAGCAGGCAGAGGAAACCCCAGCGGCUCCUGCUCCAAGUGCCGCCCCAUCUGGUGCUCCCAAUUUUGCGGCAGAGAUUGCUCGUUUGAGAAGCGGUGGUGAAACGCAACCCGAUGCUGCAAUCCCGUCAAAGAAGGUUCCUCCUCCAAAGCCUGCUAAGCCAGUGAAGCCACCAAAGCCUGCAAAACCAUCGUUUGAGCUGAAGCCUGCGCUGGCCAAGCCAGAAAUUGCGCCAAAGCCAGAAAUUGCAGCAAAGCCAGAAAUUGCUCCAAAGCCAGAGGUUGCACCUAAACCGGCUGUUGCGCCAAAGCCGCCAGUGGCACCUAAACCAACAACCGAAAAGGAAGCCCCUAGGCCCACCCCGGCUCCCAAACCUGCUCCUCCAGUGUUACCUCGAAGGGAGUCGGUGCAAUCUAAUUCAAGCGACGUUGGCCCUGUUUCCCGUGGUCUUCCGCCAUCCAAUGCUAUUCCCCCAAAACCAACGAACUCUACUUUGCCUGACGCCUCCCAAGCUAACCAGCCUCCUAUAGUACCCAUAGUGCCACAAGGAAGCCAGGCAGCAGUUCAGCAAGCUCAGCCCGCCCAGCCUGCUCCAGCUGCUCCUCCUGCUCCAGCUGCACAAGCUGAGGCACCGGUGCCGCCAAAACGUAAUUAUGAAAGAAAGGCCGCUCCGUUGCCUCCACAAGCUGCUUCGAGCCAACCAACUCCCGCCCAACCGGCCCCUGUGCCUUCUGGUCCUCCGCAACUUGAUCUUGAGAUGGGCACAGGAUGGUAUAUGGCAACCGACAAGCCCAUGGUGCUCCCCAAAUCACUUGAGGGUCACAACUACUCCACUUCAUUCAUGUACUCGACCCAGGGCGGGCCUGGUGGUAUGAAGAAGACAUCGACCAGAGAGUUGAACGUUCGUCUCAAGGACCUUUCCAAAAUCAAAUACAAGUUCACCUGGGUCAAUGAGGACAUCAGUCUGGCCAAUGUGACCAUCGAUCACUACAUGCCCUCCCCAAUCGACACCAGAGUUCCUCAACAUGCUGAUCUUGUUGCUUACAGUCAACAGUAUGGUGAGAACGUCGCAGGCUACUCACUUCACCAUGAAGGUCAACAAGUUGGUCGUGGUGAAUGUUGGGAUCUUGCCAAGUUUGCGUUGGAGCAAGGAUGUGGCAACCAGGCCUUCGUUUCCACAUACUACCACCACGGAUUCCCAAUACUCGAAGUGCAUGGAACUCCAAACGGCCCUACGAUGAUGCGUCCCCAACUUGACGAGGUGCGUCGUGGUGACAUACUCCAGUUUAAGAGUGCCAAAUUUGAAAACAGAGCUACUGGGUCUACGCAGACCGCUGGAGACCCCGACCACACCUCUGUUGUGAUUGACAAGGUGGGAGAGAAGAUAUAUGUAGCCGAGCAGAAUGUGGGCGGUGUCAAGGUCGUCAAGAGAGGAGAAUACGAAAUUGGCAAUAUCACGCAGGGAUCUGUGGCCGCCUACAGGCCUAUGCCUGCUGGGUGGGCUGAGUGA